CGUCAAUUUCCUGUGAAUAUAUAACUGAUAAAGUGUCUCUUUAUUUUCAUAUAAUAGGGAUGGCACGCUUACCUACCUUGUCUCCAACACGUAGGCUUCAUGUGGUAGCAGCAAUUAGCUCUUUCUUAAACUUGAUUAUGAUUUACGUAAAUUUAGGUAUGGGAUUAGCCGAGCUCAUAGAAAAACGAAAAUCUAACCCAAGACUUGGUAGGCAGCCCAUGGACACCGACUUAGUUAGACAUUAUGACAGGCAAAGACACCUUGAACUGGCAAUCCGUAGGAGUGACACAUAUGCGUAUGAUAGGGUUAGGAUGAACCGAACCCUAUUCAACUCUUUCUGUCACCUUCUUAUUACUGAAGGAGGAUUGAAAAGAACUAGGAAUGUUGACAUAGAUGAGAUGGUUUACACCUUUCUUCGCACUAUUUCUCACAACGAGAAGAACAGAACUUUAAUACUGAAUUUGCGACGAUCGGGAGAGACCAUUUCUCGCUCUAUACAUCGGGUGCUAAGGGCUGUCAUUCGCCUAAAUGAUAUGUUAAUGAAGAAGCCUGUCCCGAUUCCUGAAAACUCUACCGAUAGUAGAUGGAAAUAUUUCAAGAGUUGUUUAGGAGCCCUAGAUGGUACUCAUGUACGUGUUCGUCCAUUGAAAGAGGACCGAUCUAGAUAUCGAGACAGAGAAGGGAAACUUUCUAUGAAUGUGUUGGGGGUGUGCACUCCAAAUUUGGAGUUCAUCUACUGUCUUUCCGGGUGGGAAGGUUCUGCCCAUGAUGGAAGGGUCUUACGAGAUGCCUUGACAAGGCAAAAUUGUUUUACUGUCCCACAAGGCUGUUACUAUCUUUGUGAUGCUGGUUAUGCAAAUAGUCCUGGAUUUUUGACCCCAUAUCGUGGUCAAAGGUACCACCUCAAAGAAUGGGGUGUUAAUCCACCUGAAACUGCCGAAGAGUUCUAUAAUAUGAAGCAUUCAUCAGCUAGGAAUGUCAUAGAACGCAUUUUUGGGAUUUUAAAAAUGCGAUGGGCUAUUCUAAGAGACUCAUCAUGGUUCGCUCCUCGUGAGGUUGCUCGAAUUGUGGUUGCAUGUUGCAUUAUACACAACUUCAUCAAGAGGGAACAAGGAGCCGAUCAAUUUGAGAGAACAUAUCAAGAUGAAGAACCGGAACAUCAUCCUUCAACUGAGGUUGAGACAAUUGAUACUUGCAGCAUGCAUCCUUGUCCGGAAUGGACACAAUAUAGGAACCAAAUAGCAAUUUCCAUGUGGGAAAAUAGGCCUAAUAGAUGA